AUGGUGUCGGCAAAUAGGGAGAUGGUGGUUUUCUGCUUCGACACACUGGUUGCACAUUACAACAACGAGGAGGUCCCUCCUCCAGCUUUCGAUGACGGCCAACAUCCAUUGUUUGUGACUUGGAAGAAAGUGAUCAAUGGUGGGGAACCUCGUUUACGUGGCUGCAUAGGAACUCUUGAAGCUCGUUGCAUAAUUAGUGGAUUCAGGGAUUAUGCUUUAACUAGUGCCCUGCGGGACCGCCGUUUCCCCCCUAUACAAGCAAAAGAGUUGCCUUACUUGGAAUGUACAGUUUCCAUCCUGACUAACUACGAAACUGCUAAUGACUACCUUGAUUGGGAGGUUGGAAAGCAUGGAGUAAUUAUUGAAUUUACAGAUCCUGACCACAAUACAAAGCGAAGUGCCACUUACUUGCCUGAGGUUGCUGCUCAUGAAGGCUGGACAAAAAUUGAAGCUAUCGACUCAUUGAUGAGAAAGGCAGGUGGCUGGUGGCGGGUGGCGGUGGUGGUUGGCGGCGGUCCGAAAGAUGAAGGUUGCUUGGCCAGAGGCGUUAGGGCUGUUGGGCGCUGGAAGUUGCAGGCGCAGUCUGGGAGCUGCUUGGCUUGGCUAGGGGCGCUAGGGCUGCUGGGAGCUGGGAUCUGCGGGUGCGGCCUGGUAGCUGCUGGACGCGAGCGCCGAGACUGCGAUCUGCGGGCGCGGGCGCUGGGACUGCGAGCUGCGGGUGCAAGGGCGCGCAGGGGCUGGGACCUGGGUGCCAGUUCUCCUUUGUGA